ACUAUUUUUUAUUGUUUUUACAGAGCUUGCUACUUGCCGGAACAGAUACAUCAGCUUUAACUUUAGAAUGGACAAUGGCUAAUUUAUUGAACCAUCCAGAAGUUAUAAAGAAGGCAAAAAAUGAAAUAGACACUCAUGUAGGAUCAGAUCGUCUCGUAGAGGAAUCUGACAUGUCAAAACUUCCUUACAUUCAAUGCAUUGUUUACGAGACACUUCGAUUGCAUCCUGCUGCUCCAAUUUGGUCACCACAUUUGUCUUCAGAAGAUUGCAUUGUAGGAAAAUAUAAUCUCCCGAAAGACACAAUUGUGUUGGUGAAUGCUUGGGCUGCCCAUAUGGAUCCAAAAAUGUGGAGUGAUCCAACACACUUUAAUCCUGAAAGGUUUGAGAACGAAAAUGAAGUAAACAGGUUACUUUCAUUUGGGUUAGGUCGGAGGGCUUGCCCUGGAUCAAACUUGGCUCAACGCACAGUUGGCUUAUCUAUAGCUUUAUUACUUCAAUGUUUUGAGUGGAAACGAAUUGGUAAGUAAGAAAUUGAUAUGUCUGAAGCAAAUGGAAUUACUAUUUCAAGAAAAAAUCCAUUGGAAGCUAUGUGCCUACUCCGUCAAUCACCAACAGUUGAGAAUAUGUCAGUUGAGAAUAUGUCUUGAUUUAUGACGUUAUUUAAAUAAUAAACAUGUUCGUAUGGAGAAUAAGUAUGUAUGCAGUAAGCAUUAUUUAAUAAUUUUGUAAGGGUUGAAGUGAAUGUCAUGUAAUAUCUUUUAAGUUCUUCUUUUACAAUAAAUUAUUACUUUCUUUA